GACAUUCUGCUGCUUCCUUCACGUGCUUGUCACUGUCAGUAGUCACAAUUGUCGAAAAACAUGUUAUUUUACGAAUUACGGGAGAAACAGAAAAUUAGUACCUAUUUGUAUUUGUUAAAUAUAUUACAUUUACAUAUAAAUAUUAUAAAGCUUAUGUGAUACGAACGGAUAUUUUAAAAUAUUGAAUUGACUAUUUUAACAAAGUUGUAAAAAUGUCAAAGUGGAUUGGCUACGCCGUGUCCGUCAACUGUGGCGACCCAUUGGGCUGCUAUCAGGGUACAAUAUUAGAAGCCGACGGUACAACAAUUACGCUGACAAAAGCAUUCAGAAACGGCUUUCCUUACCCUAAAUCACAAGUAACUUUAAACGCAGCCGAUAUUAAAGAUCUGAAAAUAAUUGAGGAAGCAAGAUCGAAGCCAGCUGAACAGACACACAGUACAGUAGCUGUAACAAAAAAUAAUAAAAAGGGUCAAAGAGCUACCGUUUGUGAAAACUUGCAAGCCAACCCUUCACACUCAGGUAAUCAGCAAAAUGUAAGCAAUAUUAGUAAUAAGAGUGCACCUCCCCGUGGUGCCCUGCCAGUGCCCACUCGCAGCAAGCCUAUAGACAUACAGCCCACGCGAAGUAACAAAAGCAAUCAAUCGGGAAGUUAUGGUAAUACAGGUUCUACACCUAAAGGUCGCAGUGGUCCCUUUCAUGAGAAAGCUCGACGUCGGAAUGAGGCCUGUUUUGGAGAUACGGCUGACCCAGCUCUCGACGAUGACUUUGACUUCGAGGGCAACCUCGCUCUCUUCGACAAACAAGCGCUGUGGGAGGAGAUGCGCUCGGCGGCGCGGCCCGACGUCGUGCGCGCGGCGGACGAGGCGGCGCGCUUCCGCCACGACGAGAACGUGCUGGGAGCCGCGCCCGCCCUGCCCGCCAUCCGCCUGCCCGACGAGCUGCGCGGGCCCGUCGUGUACAGCGCCGACGACGGGCGCCGCGUGCCCUCCGCCGCGCCGCGCCUGCGCAGAGACUUCUGGGACGCCAUGCGCCGCUGCGGCCUGCUCGACGGCGCGCUCACGCUGCUCGCGCGCGCCGCCGCCGACGUGGCGCUGCGCCUCGCGGGCGGCGGCCGGCGCCUCGAGGCGCGCAACGCGCACCAGGCGCCCGUGGCCGUCGUGCUGGCGGGCGCGCACCGCCUCGGCGCCGCGGGGCUGGAGACGGCGCGCGUGCUGGCCGCGCACGGCGUGCGCGCGCACGUGCUGCUGGCGGCCGGGCCGGGCGGCCAGGCCGAGUGCGCGGAGCUGCGGCGCGAGCUGGGCGCGCUGGCGCUGUGCGGCGUGCCGGUGCACGCGAGCGCGGCGGCGCUGCCGGCGCCCGACGUGGUGCUGCUGGCGCUGUACGACCCGCUGCUGGACGACGCGCAGGAGCGGCACGCGGCGGCGCUGGCGUGGGUGCGCGGCGCGCGGGCGGCGGUGGUGGCGGUGGAGCCGCCGGGCGCGGGCUGGGACGGCGUGUGCGCGCGCGCGUCGCUGCUGGCGGGGCUGCCGGCCGCGCUGCCGCCGGCGCUGGGCCGCGUGUACCUCGCCAACGUGGCGCCGCCCGCCAGCCUGUUCCGCGAGCUGCGCGUGGUGUAUCGCUCGCCCUUCGGCGCCGCCUCGGUGCUGGCUCUCGACUGAAACGCGCCUCGCGGACUCGAUACCAAUUCUAUUGUAAAUAUUUCAGAACGUGCAUUUUAAAAGAUGAAUAAAUUUUUAUA